AAUCAGUAAAAUGGAUUAGACUUAGAUUUAUAUGUAUGUAUCUGUAUAAAUGUUUAUCUAUAUAUAUAUAUAUUUAAUAUAUGAUCUUUGUUAAAACCCAUCUUCCACAUUCCUCAUUUUCUUCAUUCUUUGCCACCCAUCUCUCUUCUUCUUCCUUUGUUGUCUUAUAAAUCAGCCCUGCAAGAAGCAUGGCUUUUUCUGGGGCUCGUAAAGAUAGAGGGGAGUUGAGGAUUCAUGAGAGUUUGGAUGAGCUUAGGACAGAUUUGGCAGACUAUAUUGCGGAAUUGUCGGAGGUGUCAGUGAAGGAGAGGGGUGUUUUUGCCAUUGCUUUGUCGGGCGGUUCUCUCAUUGGCUUGAUGGGAAAACUAUGUGAAGCUCCUUAUAACAAGACUGUUGAUUGGGCGAAGUGGUACAUAUUUUGGGCAGACGAGCGUGUUGUGGCUAAAAAUCAUGCUGAUAGCAAUUAUAAGCUGGCCAAGGAUGGCCUUCUAUUAAAG